CAACUCACACACCUCACACCAUCUGACACACACCAUAAAGGAGUAGCUUGGUUUCUCUACACUAUACCUAGGCUAUUUGAAAUUGCUUAAUAGUUAUAUUAUACUUUUUUUGCGUGUGUCAAAGAAAAAUAUCUCCAUUUUAGCGAAAAAAAAAUUCAGGAAAUAUAAUAUUUUCCUUGUGUUGAUGGGUAACUGACCUACUUCGGCGGGUUUGCACCGUUACUUUAACGCGCAUGCGUGAGACUUACCUGGUCGCCGUGUUAGGUGAAUGAGGUUCAGUUCAGUUGGGCGCGUGAAGUAAAAGUGAACUUCACCAAAAACAGCAUUUAGAGAGAGGGUUAAAUGUGUCAAUGUGCAACAGGUAACAGCUUAAAAGUGACUAAAACGGGAAUAUUUAGAUUUCUGAAAGCAAAACUAAAAGAUUCUUGAGCAAAAAAACUAAAAUAAAUAUAUAAAUAAUGCCUCGAGUGUUUCUGGUUAAAAAGACGAGCAGCACUUCCGGGAAAAGAAACUGGAAUGAAGUACCUGACUCUGUGCGAGGAGACAUCUACACACCUGUGUGCUUCUUUACUCCUCAUGGCCAUGAAGAGUGUGAACACAGCCCUGCUGAGCUGCCCGUCUGUCCCUCCACCCCGCAGAGCAAGACCACACACACACAUGCUCAAUCUCACAGCUCGACUCCCCAGCUGUCCCGCUCUGCCAUGCAGGAAUCGAGUUCACACAGACCUCCUUUCAUCUGCUCCAAAAAUAAGAUGGCCGAGAUGGAAAAUGAAGCAGUGAAUGUCUCACAAACUACAUCAGAUUCCCCUUUUACCUGCCCACUAUGCCAUAAGACUUUCUGUCUCGCCCGAGUGAUGAAACGUCAUUUAAGGACUCAUAGUGACUUUAAGAGGUACUCAUGUGAAUACUGUGGGAAAGGCUUCAAUGACACUUUCGACCUCAAGAGGCACGUGCGUACCCAUACAGGUGUGCGGCCCUUUAAGUGCACUGUGUGUGAGAAGGCCUUCACUCAGCGCUGCUCCCUGGAGGCUCAUCUAAAAAAGGUUCAUGGUGUCUUCCAACAGUAUGCCUACAAGGAACGCAGGGACAAGCUGUAUGUGUGUGAAGAGUGUGGCCUGACUGCUCAGACACAGGACAGCUUGCGCAGUCACAUCCAGGUCAAACAUCCCAACAGCAGGAUUGCCAAAGCCAAAUCCAAAAACAGGAGAAGGAAGGCACAAGACCGGGGAGGAAGUGUGUCUCCCUGUUCUCCUCACUCGCUUAGUGAUGCCGAUGCUGGUGUUUGAGUAAUGCUGAAAUGACAGAUAACCUGGAAAAUGAGCAGUUCAUGAUAUUUCAAAUCAAGGGGAAGUGGUCAAUGGGUACAGUUUAGAUCAGACAAUUGAGAUUUCAGAUCCGAGCUCUGCCAAGCGCACUACUGAGCAAAGCCUUUAACCAACACUGGCACCAAGAAGUUGUACCCUGUGCUCUGGCACCCUUCCAACUUCCUUCCUAGUUGGGAUAUGUGAAGAAAUGCCCUUCAGUGUGUGCUUUAUCGGUAAUUAUUAUAAAGACAAUUUAUUUCUUUCAUUAAGACAAUAAAAUUAAAAUCCAUUCAGAUGUCACUGUGCAACAACUAUACUAUGGAUAAGGAGACAUAUGCUAUUGUAUUACACCUUAUUCUUGAUGUACACAGAAAAGGAAAAGCCUAUUAUGUGUCAUAUUUAGUAUCAUAUAUUACACGCUCUUGAAUUUUAUUUAUGUGCUUAUCACAGAUCAAUCAUUAUUAGAGCUUUUAGGUCUCUAAUGCAUGUUUAGAGCAAUCUUUUUAUACCAUGCUUGAAUGUUUCGGGAUGGUUUUGAAUCACCAUAUAUACUGGCAAAUAAAAUGUAAUCUUUUUAUUUUGCAAAUGAAAAUUUUGAUAUGAAACCUGUCAUGAAUUGUCUGUAGUAGAGUAAAAGGCCAGGUUGCAAGAGGAAGGACAAAAUGAGGCAUUACAUUUCUUACAAUCCAUAAAAUUAUCACCAGACAAGCCAUCGUGUACACUGUCCUGUGGGGUAACUACUGCAAACACUGAUGUGAAUUGCUGGAAAAUUUCUGAGGGAACAGACAACACGAGGAAGGCUCUGUAAAUCAGGACAUGGCGCCAUCUGUGGGUGUGCUUGAGCAUGUAGGCAAAGAUUAUAGACUACAGGAACAUCCUGAUUUUUGACAUGCCACCAUGUCAGUGAGUCUACUAACUAGACCUACAUUACUGUUAUUGAAGAUAUAAUAGGCACACAGAGCUCUUGAUCAUAUCUGACCAAGUGUGAUUUUAUUUCCCAUUGACUGGCUGAGAAAAAUUGUCAACUCUGUGAAUCUGUUCUCUUGAGGAUUGUUUAGGGUUUUUUUUUUGUAUUGCAUAUUUUUGUCUAA